AUGAUAUCCAAAGACCCCAUAGAUAUCAUCGAGAUCAAGUCCGAUGCUGACGAGGUGGUGCUGGGUAAUGAGACACGCAACAGCCUGAAAUCCAAGGCGUCCACAUUUCAUCCACUAUUGUUGUGGGACGAAAAGGGCUUGAAGUACUUCGAAGCCAUCACCUAUGCCCCCGAGUACUACUUGACCAACUGUGAGAUUGAGCUAUUGGAGAAGCACAGUGAUGAGAUUGCGCAAGCUUUGGCACCCGACUCGGUCCUGGUAGAAUUAGGCAGCGGAUGUUUGAGGAAGGUCAAAAUCCUCCUGGAAGCAAUCGAAAGAAGUCGGAAGCGUGUCGACUAUUAUGCUCUCGACCUGGACCGAUCCGAACUGGAGCACACACUGCGGGACAUCAAGCCCGGAGAGUUCCAAUACGUCCGCUGUCAUGGCCUGUUUGGCAGCUAUGACGAUGGACUCGACUGGUUGAGAAGCUCAGAAAUGAGUUCGAAACCACGAUGCAUCAUGUCUUUGGGGAGUACAUUGGGAGGCUUCGAUCGACAAGAAGCAGCCAAGUUUCUGUCUCGGUUCGCAAACUUGCCUGGACCGCCUUCAUCCGCUGGUAACUCAACGUUAAUGCUGAUCGGCUUAGACGGCUGUCUGGAUGGUCAGAAGGUCUGGUCAGCGUAUAACGACUCUGAACAUCGCAACGAAAGAUUCAUUCGGAACGUUCUGACCCAUGCCAAUGGAGUACUUGGGCAAGAAAUCUUCCGCCAAGAGGACUGGGAGCACCGUGGCAAGUGGAAAGCUGAAUCGAAGAGGCAUGAACAAUAUUUGAUACCCAAGAAAGACAUUGAGUUCGAAGGUCGUUGGUUGACAGCGGGCGAGGAAGUAUUUGUCGUGGCUAGCCAAAAGUAUGGACCUGAGGAGCGAGAGACUCUAUGGCGACACUCUGGACUGCGACCAGUGAAGGAAUGGCAUACUCAGUCACAUGGUUACGGUCUCCAUCUCAUGACCGCCACGCAUCCGAAUUAA